CGCGAGGCUGGUUAGGCCCGAAUGUCGUUAGCCGUGGGGAAAGAUGGCGGAAAAUUUAAAAGGCUGUAGUGUGUGUUGCAAGUCUUCUUGGAAUCAGCUACAGGACCUGUGCCGCCUGGCCAAGCUCUCCUGCCCUGCCCUUGGCAUCUCCAAGAGGAACCUCUAUGACUUUGAAGUCGAGUACCUGUGCGAUUAUAAGAAGAUCCGCGAACAGGAGUAUUACCUGGUAAAAUGGCGUGGCUACCCAGACUCAGAGAGCACCUGGGAGCCACGGCAGAACCUCAAGUGUGUGCGCAUCCUCAAGCAGUUCCACAAGGACUUAGAAAGGGAGCUGCUCCGGAGGCACCACCGGUCAAAGCCGCCCCGGCACCUGGACCCAAGCUUGGCCAACUACCUGGUGCAGAAGGCCAAGCAGAGGCGGGCGCUCCGGCGCUGGGAGCAGGAGCUCAAUGCCAAGCGCAGCCAUCUGGGACGCAUCACCGUGGAGAACGAGGUGGACCUGGACGGCCCCCCGCGGGCCUUCGUGUACAUCAAUGAGUACCGUGUUGGUGAGGGCAUCACCCUCAACCAGGUGGCCGUGGGCUGCGAGUGCCAGGACUGUCUGUGGGCACCCGCUGGAGGCUGCUGCCCCGGGGCGUCCCUGCACAAGUUUGCCUACAAUGACCAGGGCCAGGUGCGGCUGCGGGCCGGGCUGCCCAUCUACGAGUGCAACUCCCGCUGCCGCUGCGGCUAUGACUGCCCCAAUCGCGUGGUCCAGAAGGGCAUCCGCUAUGACCUCUGCAUCUUCCGCACGGACGAUGGACGCGGCUGGGGUGUCCGCACGCUGGAGAAGAUCCGCAAGAACAGCUUCGUCAUGGAGUACGUGGGAGAGAUCAUUACCUCAGAGGAGGCGGAGCGGCGGGGCCAGAUCUACGACCGCCAGGGUGCCACCUACCUCUUCGACCUGGACUACGUGGAGGACGUGUACACCGUGGAUGCCGCCUAUUAUGGCAACAUCUCCCACUUUGUCAACCACAGUUGUGACCCCAACCUCCAGGUGUACAACGUCUUCAUAGACAACCUUGAUGAGCGACUGCCCCGCAUCGCUUUCUUUGCCACAAGAACCAUCCGGGCAGGCGAGGAGCUCACCUUUGAUUACAACAUGCAAGUGGACCCCGUGGACAUGGAGAGCACCCGCAUGGACUCCAACUUUGGCCUGGCUGGGCUCCCUGGCUCCCCCAAGAAGCGGGUCCGUAUUGAAUGCAAGUGUGGGACUGAAUCCUGCCGCAAAUACCUCUUCUAGCCCUUUGAAGUCUGAGGCCAGACUGACCUUGGGGGCCUGAAGCUGCCCGCCCAACCCACCCAUCGCUGCCCUUUUGUCGAGGAAUGACUGCCAGGGCCUCCUGCCCGCCUCCACCUGCCCCACGCUCAGGGCUGCGGGGCUGCCGUGAGGACUGACUCCAGGAGUUCCCCCUCCCUGUCCCAGCCCCAUCUGUGGGUUGCACUUACAAACCCCUGCCCACCUUCAGAAGUAAUGGUUCAGCACCGGGACUUUCUGCAGUUGGGAUUCAUGGCUUAUCAAGGAAGUCCAAGGGGUGAGCCCCAGCCCAGCCCCAGAAUAGAAAGAUGUUUGUUUUUGUACCUGCUUCUGCCUGGAGCUUGAGGGGUCUGUUGCAGACCCUCUCCCUACUGCCCCAAGGGUGUGGGGAAGCAGCCCCAGGGCGGGCUGGCAUCAGAGCCUAGAGUUCCCCGCCCGCGUGGUUCCCUCCCACAGAAGCUCUGCUAGUGAAAGAAAGGAGGGCUCCAGGGCUGGGGGCUGAGCCUGGUUUCUGCUCAUGCCCACAUGCUGGCUAGUGUUGGCCUAAGAGCCGUACGGUCUCUUCCGGGGCCGCACAUCUGGGAAGUAGACAUCCACAUGCCACUGGAAGGGGAAUGGAUGCCCGUGGCUCGCUGACCAGUGAGAGGAAGGCAGUCCAGACCUUCCCAGCCCUUAAGAGGGGCUGGGACUGAGCUCUGCCUUUGGGAGUGCAGAGAAGGCACCCGGGCUCUUGGUGCUGGGAGCCCUGAGCUGGGAUAUGAUGACUGCUGUGACUACUCAGAGCUGGAACCAAGGCCUAGCUAGGCUGUAGAUAGCACUUAGGAGAAAAAUGUGCAUUGAUGGGGUGCUGAUGAGGUGCCAGGCACUGGGCAGAGCACCUGGUCCUCGUGGAUUGUCUCAGGGAAGCCUUGAAAACUAUGGAGGUGGGCCCCAGGAAAGGGCCCAUGUGGCAGAGGGCAAAGUACAGGCCGAGAAUGGGGGAAUGGGGAUGGCUUACCCAUGAGAUUAUGGUGAGGUGAGAGGGAAGCCUCUGCCGCCCGCCAGCCCCAGCCCCAGCCCUUUGCGCUCACCUUGGGUCCCCUGGUCUCGUUACCUGCCCACAAAUGUACAAAAGGCGACAGCUCUGAUGGCUGCCUCGCCCCUCGCUUCCCCCAUGAGGUCUUCUCUAGGAAGCCUUCCCUGACUACCUUUGCCCAGAGUGCCCCUACGUGAGACUGUGUGCCCUGCCACCAGAUGCUAGAUCUGUGUGUCUGUCUGUGUGUCCGUCUGUGUGUCUGUGCUCCCCGCCCCCAGACUGACCUUCAGGCAUGGACCGAAUCUGAUUCUCCUCUUGUAUAUCCCUUGGCCCUACCCAGCCCGGGGUGAGCAUCAAUAAAAAGAAUCAA